AUGUCCGCAUUCCCCAUAGUAGACGGCGUGACAGUCGCUAUCCCACCACCAGAGGGUUAUGUGGUCAACUUUGAUCAUCCCUUACAACGACAUGCCAUGGAGUCAUAUGUGAUCUCAGGCAUAGGCACAGCGCUCGCUUUCCUUUUCUUUUUCCAGUAUUUAUAUGUCAAACUCUGGGUUUUACGUAAACCCGAUGGCGAGACGGCUUGCCUUGUAAUUGCGUGGAUCUUCUCCAUAGCGGUUCAAGCUGUCUCUCUCAGUUCAUUCAUCCUCGGGGUAACAGGCGUACAUGCCUGGGAACUCCCCCUCGAAAAGUUCAACGAAGGGAAUCAGCUCGCCUUCAUAUCUCCCAUCCUAUACGCAGUAUGCACUGCCUGCUCCAAGAUGGCGCUAGCGCUAUUCUACCGACGGCUGUCACCGCAGCGGUGGUGGAAAUGGAGCGUGUGUGGCGUCUUUUUCCUCGUUGCUGGCUAUAACUUGGCCGUCCUGCUCGUGGUUCUGUUCGGGUGUACGCCGUUCAAGAAAAGUUGGGAUCUCACGAUACUCGAAGGCUCAUGCGUGGAUCGAGGAGCAGUGUACAUCUGCACAGCGAGCCUGGGCAUUCUUUCAGAUCUCAUCCUUCUCAUCAUGCCAUUACCGAUGAUUCUGCAACUGCAGAUGCCGCCACGACAAAAGGCCGGACUUGUUGUAUUGUUUGUCAUUGGUUCUGCAACACUUGUAACGUCUGUGGUUCGGCUAGUACUACUGGUUCCGAUAGUUAAUGCAAACGACUACACGUGGGUUCUCUCCAGUGCAGUGGUUUGGAUCUUUGUCGAGGCCAACCUCUUGAUAAUAUGCGCGUCGCUGACGACGCUUCGUCGUUUCUUCAUCCAUGUCGCACCCAAAUUCAUCGGCGAACGUGGGUCAUCAGUUCAAUACUCCGCAACCAGUAAAGGAACACGACAACAUCCAUUCCAGACGAUAGGGAGCAUUAGAAACAAAGCCCGGAAGGAUAGACUCGGCGUUCAGAUUGAGGAUCCUGGUUUCGACCUCAAGACAAUCGUCCAGGCGCAGCCCGUGACGACCGAAGUCACGGCAUAUGAGACAGACGAACAGCCAGAACAGAUGAUACGGCACCUGCGGAGACAAGAGUCAUUGAAUAAGUUUGGGGCUCAGACUCAGACUCAGACUCAGACUCAGAUGUGGGAUCCUCGCAACAGCAGCGAUGAUGAGGAGCGGGCGAUUGUUCAGACGACAACGGUGACAGUUGUAUACGGGCCAAGGACUGAAUGA